AUGGCCGCUCAUGGCUCUGUAAGUAGCCGUCUUUCUCAGAGUCUUACGGAGGAAGAUGUCCCCGGAGCAUCGCUUCAGGGAAGAAACCCGACUGCUCUUAAAACAGAUGAACUUCGCUUUUGGUUAAAAUGUCGUGGCGAUCCAGCAAAGGGGUUAAAAACAAAGGCACAAUUGUCGAAAAGGUAAGUACAGUAUUUGUCAGUCGUUCGUGAUACUUUUUAGAAUUAAAAGAGACUUUGAUAUUGUAAAUGGAGAUCAAAAGAUUUAGGAGUUAUUUUUCUCUAUGAAAUGUUUCAAAAAUGUAAUGAUUAAUAGUUUUUCUACUUUUCAUCUUGAAGAGUUCUUGAAUAUGUUGCGUCUGGUCGUGAUAAAGAUGUUGUGGAUCCCGAUAAAAAUCUGAUAUACACGCGUCGAAAGGCGAGACAAGAACAACUCGCUCAAAGUGAUGCGAUGCCUGAGGAAAGUACUGGAUGGUCUACAAGUUUGCAACGAAUGCCAUUAUUCACAAGGGCAGAGAUGGAUUUACAUAUUUCUAAAUCUGGAAAAAACUUUGACAGAAAUAAACAGAACCAUGCUGUUCCAACAAGCAUGAAAAAGGCAAAAACAUUUCUUGAUGAUGAAUACCUGAAAGACUUAACUUGCGCAAGUGAUGACCAAUAUUUCUAUUUCAAAUGCUUGUGUUACCAUAGCUUUAAAAAAAAUGAGCCACCCCACAAAUUACAAGUUGCACUUUGUUUAGUGAGUGGAGUUGUUAAAUAUGCUUCGUGA